UUAUAUUGAGUUUAUUAUUAUUAUUAUUAUUAUUAUUAUUAUUAUUAUUAUUAAUAACCGCGACGUCUCGUCGGGUGCACCCUUACACAGAAGCAGGUCAAUUAGUUUGUAUUCCGCCGUAUUAGAGCCUGCAAGUCCUCCUGUGAGUAUAAAUCUAUAAACGUAUCAAAAUAAAUCAAUAGGCCUACAUUUUACAAAACAAAAAGUCUCUGGGGAGCAAACCUGCAGCGUUACCACAGCACCAUGGCAACCUAGCAACUGAUUGAAACAUCCUAACAUGAACAUAGCCAUUGCGCAACCCUCCACUUGAGAUUGGAGGCCUUUCGGUUCAUUGCUCCGCAUUCUGCUCUGCCAUUCGUCAGGAACCGUGCCAAUCACACCUCAGCAGAGGUUCUGCCCCAAUGUUAAGCUUUACUCAGCAAGCUCUUCAGAGUUUUUCUGGACACCAUGGUUAUCAGUAAGAAGCAGCUGAAAGAAUCUGCAUUGCCCUCAGUGCAGGAGGUGAGAGAGGCAGAGCUGGAGCAGGAGAGCUCACAGAGUGGGAUCCACCAGCUGGGAGGAAUAGCAAGCAGACCCCGGAAAGCGUUUAGCCGAGGGAGCACAGAUACCAAGACGGUUUCCAGAUCUGACAAAGCCCAUUCGCCAACAGAGAGGGCGUCCGCAGGUCCGAAAGAAGAGGCAGAGGAGGACUCACCUGCUGAGCAGGAAGGGGAAGACCCCCAGGGGGCCAGGACGAGAGAGAGCUCCGAGGAGGAAGCUACAAACCAGGAAGAAGAAUGGGACACCGACCUGGAAAUAGAUGAUGCAAAGCAGCCCCGCUAUUCCACAGUAAAGACGCUGUAUGAAGAAGCCUGUAAAAUCUUUGCCGUGGUUCCAGCGUCAUACUUCCUGCGCCACAUGCAUGACCAAGAGCUCAACCUGAUGCAUCAUGGACUGGGGCCACAGGGUGCCAAAGCUCUUUCCGUUCCCUUGGUAACCAAUACCUCCGUUCUGAACUUGAAUCUGAGUGAUAAUUGGCUUGAAGGAGGAGGUGGAGUGGCCAUUGCAGAGAUGCUGAAAGAGAACUGCUACAUCACAGGAAUCGACUUGUCAGACAACAAGCUGGGAUUAGCAGGUGCCCAGGCUAUUUCCGCCAUGCUGAAGGAGAACGUCACCCUGGUGAAUAUUAACCUGUGCGGGAAUGAGUUUGAUGACCAUGCUGCCACACCCCUGGCUGAGGCUUUCAUGAGCAACCACAAAGUGCAGUCCAUAGACUUGAGCCACAACCUGAUGGGAGAGGGAGCAGGGGAAGUCUUGGGCAAUGCCAUUGCUGAAAACACUGGGAUGAAGGAGCUCAACCUGAGCUGGAACUGCUUUCGUGAAAUGGGAUCCAUACCUAUAGCAAAAGGCCUUGGGGCAAACAUAUUCCUUCGAGCGGUGGAUUUGUCAUACAAUGGGUUUGGAAAGACUGGAGCUGCUGCCCUUGGAGAAGCUCUGAAAGUGAACAAUGUGCUUGAGCAUCUCAACGUCAGUAACAACAGGAUUCCACCAGAGGGAGCUGUGAGGUUUGCCAUGGGCCUUAAAGAAAAUAAGACCUUAAAGACUUUGAAUUUCUCUCGAAAUCCAAUGCAGAGCGCUGGUUGUUAUGGGAUAAUUAAAUCCAUGCAAGGAAACCCAGAGUCUGCUAUUGAGUUCUUGGAUUUCUCUGACAUCACUGUGAACAAGGACUUUGAUGACUUGCACACCUCAGUCAAAGAGAUGUUCCCUCAUCUGAAGGUUAUACACGGAGGCAACACAGACGAGUUCAGAAAAACAAAAGCCAAACACUCCCCCACACAGCUGUCAGGCCCCUUAUACAAGCUGAAGCAGCACAUGAAGGAGAACAGCUUGAAUCUGGUGGAUUUCUUUGAACGUGUGGACAAGGACAAGAGCGCAGUGGUCACUCGGCGCGAGUUUGAGCAAGGACUUGUGGGUGCUGGAAUCCCUUUAUCCAAGGGGGAACUGCAGCAGCUAAUGGAUACCCUGGACAAGGAAAAGAAUGGCGAGAUUGAUCUCAGUGAACUUAACAAAUUACUGAUGAGUGACUAACAAUACACAGCGUGCCCGGCUCCUCUCUAGACGUAACUGAAGACUUGCCCGCACAUUUUGCAUGAAGAUUAACACUGCUGGAAACCUGCUGGCACUGCAGAGAUCAAAUCACGCUGCCGCUCGUUAACUGCAUGGUCUUCAUUUCCUGCACGGCUUUAAUCUCAUUUUCACCUUUACACAACGGCCAGCUAGAGUUCCACUGCUAAUGCACAGCACAAGCGAGGGGAGCAGAGAGACACUUCCACGGGUAACACUGUGUCUGAGGUGGGUCCCAUCCAGGGGAUCACCAAGGGCACUGUUAGGUAUUACAGCACCUGUAACCUCAUGGCAUUAGUGUAAUGUGGAACUGAAUCAGGCAGUAUUGGGACCUAAUACUAUUCCAAAUGGGAAUUGCUUCCAAGAACACAUUUCUCUUUUAAUUAGUACAGUGUCUUCACUAAUAACUGUAUGCAUUGGUCAUAUAACUGUCACAAACAUCUGUUUACUAACUUUCAUCAACUCACAGCAGUGUGCAGCUUUCCAUGCCAUGCCAUGCCUGCUGGCUUCAUCAGCCACUAAAGUGUCAUUCCUGUAUUUAACUUUCAGAUUGCUAGCAACAUGCCCUGGUAUGUAGAUUCACCCUACAGUGCUUUGCUACACAAAGGCAUGUAAUUAAUCUUACCUUGCAUGCUGUGUUAUUCACGGCUCGUCAUAAAUUAUGGGAUGUGAAGUAACCACACAAAUAAUUUAUAGGAAGCGGAUGUUCUUAUAAAAAUCAACAGGUUUGUAUGAGCAGCUGGUAAUAGCUGGGUCAUGCUGUGCCUGUCUGUGGGAUUCCCAGGUUGCUGAAAUCCUGGGUUUACCCCACAGUCACGUGACUCGAAAAACACAACGAUUGGAAGGAAAUUUCCAAUCGCUGUGUCUCCUGUUCGUCCAUUAAUUCUGAGUUGCCAGGAAGCCGAGCAGGAUCAGCACUGACAAGCUCACUGAAUGUGUUAUUUUAUUCUUUUCCUUGUUCCUGUGAAUAGAGAGGAGUUUGAGAAGAGCUUAGGAAACAACACUGCACUCAGGUACUUACUGGCCCCAAGGUUUUAACUCAUGGGUUAUUUGAAUGAAUCAAAUAAAGUUUAAUAAACAUGAAACAAAUAUCAAGAUUUAUGUUAUUCAUAAAAACACAACAUUCUUUAUGGUCAUGCAUGCUAGCUUUUUGAUGAGG